AUGGCCAACGACGGUGGCGGCAGUCCUCAUGAUCUGGUCGUGCAGACCUGGAUCAUGUACAGCAUUGCUAUUCUGCUGUUCCUGGUGAGACUGUUUGCCCGCUACAAGCGACUCGGAUUUCGAUUCCAGGUCGAAGAUUACCUUAUGGUGGUCGCUGUGGGAUUCUACACGGCAUUCGCUGUUACCAACAUUUAUAUCAUCGAAGGAGGAGGUAGCAAUUUGUAUGAACCUCCGAGUUUGUACUACAGUUUCUCAGCCUCCGAGAUUGCUGCAAGAGUCAGAGGUUCCAAGAUCGAGUUUGCUUCGGAGAAUUGCCAGCUCUGCACCAUCUAUUCUCUCAAGGCUUGCAUGCUGUUGGUGCACUUCCGACUAACGUCGAACUUAUGGCAGCACCGCCUGGUUAAAGUCAUCGCCGGAUACACUCUUAUCGGCUGGAUUACCACGGAGCUGGUGCUGUUCCUGAACUGUCGCCCCUUGUCCGGAUAUUGGACACUCCCGCCACCCCAUAAGGAAUGCAGCACUUACUUUCGCUAUGAAGUGGUACAAUGCGUCUUUAACAUCAGUUCCGAUAUUUUCAUUCUCUGCGUCAUACUGCCGAUGUUCAUCCGCGCAAAAAUGCCCUGGAAGACCAAGUUACCCGUCAUCGUGGUCUUCUCCAUGGGUAUUGUGGUGAUCGCCUGUGCCAUCAUUUCCAAAUACUUCACAUUCUACAAUAUUUACGACGAUAGCUACCAAUUCUGGUACCUCCGGGAGGCAUCGAUCGGCAUGUACGUGACGAACUUGCCAUUCGUCUGGAGCCUCGCCAGAUCGACACUUACCUUCCUGCGAACGAGUCAGUACACCAACAAAGGCCGAUACAACGAAGCCCAAUACGGAACCGACCACGCUUCGAAUGCACGGUGGAAAUCGGGGGUGCAUUCUCGGUCGACUCGCAACAUGCCUACCAUUUACGAUACUCGAACCGGACGCGCGGACGGAAUAAUGCGCACCGAAAGUGAAGAGAACAUUAUUGAAAUGGGUGGGGUGGGACAUGUCACCAACAAGUCGACCGCAUCGACUGGUAGCGACAACACAGAGUGGGCUCAGGCGAAUGGACAUGAUGACUUCAUCAUCAGGAAGACGACGGAGAUUGUCAUUCAGAAGGACUGAUCAGCCCAUGAUUUUCCUAUGGAUCGUCUCGACAGCCGAUGAGCAGUCGCUAUGACCUUGAGUUCCUCCCAGGAAAGCAGUCGCCUUUCCUCUCCUGACUGCGGAGACAAGACCCCUGAAUCGCCCACAACAGCCUCACGAAACAACACCCCCUAUCUCGAUGCCAGGAUUUGACCCCUUCAGGCUCCAGCGAUCGCGAAGAGUUUGUGCAGCGCAAUUGCCAACAACCCCGCUGUAUCUGAAGCACAGUGACGUUUCUCAGCACCACUGGGGCCCCGAUCAUCCAAACCACGCGGGGGCCGCAUCCACGAUCCAUCGACUGUCUCCGAUCACUUUGAGCAAGUGAAAGGUAGAUCAGUUCCACCGUCACAGCUACCCGUCCAGCCACGGCCGUCGGAUUUAGGUAAUCAACUA